AUGGAGAGAAAUAUAGCUGGAAACAGAGGACUCAUUGAUGCGGAACUUCGGUCACAGAUUGAGAAGGAGAAGCAGAGGUGGCGCGAAAUCUUGACAAGAAUCCUUAACUGCAUCAAAUACCUUGCAACUCAGAACCUGCCUUUGCGAGGACAUAGGGAGUCACUUCAGCUAUAUGACACCAAUGUAGGAAAUUUCCUUGGCUUAGUAAAACUAAUGGCUACUUGUGACCCAGUCAUGAAAGAGCACCUGACCCAUGUGGAAAGUCAUCCUGGAUCCACCUCUUAUCUCUCACCGGCAGUCCAGAAUGAAUUCAUCCAUCUGAUGGCAUCCACUGUUCGCAAGAGUAUACUGGGAGGCAUUCGCAAAGCAAAAUACUAUGGCCUCAUGUUCGACUCGACUCCUGACCUGGCACACCGUGAGCAGAUGUCACAAGUAGUUCGAUAUGUAGAAAUUGAUUAUGAGAGUCAUACAGUCCGUGUGAGAGAGUCCUUCCUUGGUUUUAUCGAGCUAAGCCGGAAGGAUGCUGAGAGCUUGACUAAAGACAUUUUGGAAAAGUUAGAGAAGGACGGAAUGGAGCUGCAAGAUUGUCGGUCACAGUGCUAUGACAAUGCUGCUGUGAUGGCUGGACACAGAAGUGGUGUUGCUCAACGGAUACGUGAGAAAAACAAGCUGGCAGUGUUUGUGAAUUGCGACAAUCAUUCACUCAACUUGGUGGGUGUACAUGCAGCCAAAGAGGAUGUGGAGAUGGAGUCAUUUUUUGGAACCAUUGAUUCCCUCUACGCUUUUUUUUCUCGCUCAACACAGCGCUGGCAAAGACUUAGAGACGCCGUGCCUGUGUCUCUUAAGUCGGAGUCUGAAACCAGGUGGAGUUCAAGGACGGAAGCAGUGAAGCCAGUCAACAACCACCUGGAGAGGAUACUUGAAGUUCUUCUGGACAUGAGAGACGAUGCAGAUGAGACCGUUGAAAGCAGAAGUGAUGCAAAGCACCUGCGCAUCCACUUGUUGAGUUAUGAAUUUCUGACUCUACUGGGUUUUUGGAAUAAGAUCCUCGCUCGAAUUGACAGUGUUCAAAAGAGGCUGCAGGAUCCUAAAAUGAACUUCCACAAUGCUGCGCUGCAUUUGAAAGCCCUCCAGGAUUGUUUCCAUGGUGAGAGAGAAGUGCUGGUCAGUGAGGCACUCGACGUAGGACAUCGUCUCUGUGAAGAAUGGGAUGUCGACUUUGAAAGACGUCCGAGACGGAAAAAACGAAUGCCUGGUGAGAAAUCAAGAGACGCUGGGCUAACAGCUAGGGAGGAGAUGGAAAGAGUCAUGAAGGGAGCACUCGACCGUCUUAACACAGAACUGGGCGAGAGGUUCACUCGCCUGCAUGACACUGAUGCCAAGUUUGGGUUCCUUCUCGAUAUCGAGGGACUGUGCUACGGUGCUGACACAGAGAACCUAAAGAACAAUUGUGAAAAUUUCUGCACAAUGUACAGCACUGAUGUUGAUGUGGCGCUAUAUGACGAGAUUUUGGUCUGCAGAAUGUUGCUAGCAGCACGGACUGACAUGAGAGUAGCAAGACCGGAACAGCUUCUCGAAUUUAUAGUUCAGUAUGGAUAUGACGCCACCUUCCCCAAUUUGCGCACUGCUGUACAGAUCAUGCUGACCAUUGCAAUUUCCGUUGCCAGCUGUGAAAGAUCAUUCAGCAAGUUAAAGCUGAUAUUUUCCUGUCUCAGAACUUCCAUGGGUCAAGACAGACUCUGUGAUCUUGCUCUGCUGAGCAUAGAGAGAGAGGAAACAGAAAAAACUAACUUUGAUGGCAUCAUAGACGAAUUCGCAUCUAUGAAAGCAAGGAGGGCCAAGUUAUGA